AAUUCUCGACCGCCGACUUCAAAUAUGAUCACUCCUAUACUCCGACGGCAGCUGCUGCGGUCUGCCAGGCAGACGAGAUGCUUCAGCUCAGCCCCAAUUGCUGCGGCACAAGAAAUCAAACGCCUCGGCGUCAUUGGCGCGGGACAAAUGGGCUUGGGAAUAGCCCUGGUGGCUGCGCAGAAGGUAGGAGUGCCUGUGACCCUGGUAGACACAAACCAGGCCUCAAUUAACAAGGGGCUCAAAUUUGCAGACAAACUCCUCGCAAAGGAUGUCUCAAAAGAGCGAAUAACACAAGAGCAAUCGGACAAGAUACGAUCCCUCCUCGCCCCAACGACAUCGAUGGAUUCCCUCGCAGAUGUAGACUUCGUAAUCGAAGCGGUCCCCGAGAUCCCCUCCCUAAAAUUCUCCAUCUUCGAGUCGCUCGCCCAGAUAUGUCCUCCCCACGCCAUCCUCGCAACAAACACAUCCUCAAUCUCCAUAACACGUAUUGCAGCCACCACAACAAAGGACCCGACGGAUACCUCAACAUCCUCGCGGGUCAUUUCAACACAUUUCAUGAACCCAGUUCCUAUCCAGAAAGGCGUCGAGAUCAUCACUGGGUUGCAAACGAGCCAAGAAACGGUGGAUACGGCCAUCGCUUUCUGCAAGGCAAUGGGCAAGAUCCCAUCGCAGUCAGCCGACUCCCCUGGCUUUCUCGCAAAUCGAAUCCUGAUGCCUUAUAUCAAUGAAGCAAUUAUCUGUUUAGAGACGGGCGUUGGAAGCAGAGAUGACAUCGAUGCGAUCAUGAAGAAUGGCACGAAUGUACCAAUGGGUCCUUUGCAGCUGGCAGAUUUCAUUGGCAUCGAUACCUGCCUAGCGAUUAUGAAGGUAUUAUAUGAAGAGACAGGCGAUUCUAAGUACCGGCCAAGUGUCUUAUUGCGGAAGAUGGUUGAUGCUGGCUGGCUAGGAAAGAAAAGUGGAAAAGGAUUCUAUGACUAUUAGAAAAGCAUUCUAUUAGAUAUCCGACGAAUGCAAGAAUAUCCAGUUCUUCGUUUGUCAUCUUCCAAUCCUGCCUGGUAGACUAGUUUGAGGGUAUUGGAAGAGUUUGUUGCAUGACCCUUCAAUGAUCCGGAAGCCUUGUCCAUUGAGGUUGUGCUUUAAAAGUUCUGAGUGUGAAUCCUACAGGUCAGGUUUGUUGCACAUCGCCCUCAAUGUCCCAAAACUUCUGGAACAAUGUGUUGUAGUCUGAUGUUGUGAUACAACACCACAGUCCCAUAGGACCUAUGCGUAUUCAUAGAGACAUCUGUAACUCAAACAUAUAUGUUCUAAGGACAUCAAUUCAAUAUUUU